GCAUCGGCCAACGCAGCCACCCAGCACGGCCUCUCCCCCUCCCCUCCCCUCGCUGGCGUGCGCCCUGAUACAAACCACCCAAGCUUAACGAUCGACUUCACCCUUUUCCACUUUCGAAAUGGCCCCACGUGAGAAGAAGGAACGCAAAGCCCGCUCGGCUCUCUCGGAUGUUGUGACCCGGGAGUACACCAUUCACCUCCACAAGCACGUCUUCGGCCAUGGGUUCAAGAAGCGUGCUCCCAAAGCCGUCAAGGCCGUCACCGAGUUCGCCCGGAAAGCCAUGGGUACUCAAGAUGUCCGGAUCGACCCCGGACUGAACGCUGCCAUCUGGAACCACGGUAUCAGGAAUGUGCCCCGGAGGAUGCGAGUUCGACUAGCCCGUCAACGUAACGAUGACGAGGACUCCAAGGAAAAACUCUACACCCUGGCAUCCUUCGUUGAGGUUGCUGACUUCAAAGGAUUGGACACACAAGUAGUUGAGACUGACGACGCAUAAAAAAAGAUUUGACUACAUUUCCCUCACUAUGCAUACAUCAUGAAACUAUUUCCGUUACCUCUCCUGCCCGCUUUAAUUGAGAACUGGACUUGUCAACCCAGUUCAGUGCCUCCUCCGCCUCACAUGAUUGAAAACUGCAAUCGCCCACGUGAUCCACCUCAAAGUCAAUCCAAGGAGCUCUCCUUCACACUGAUUCAAGCCGCUCAAUCAUGCCAAUCAAGAAAGUCAGACAUCGAAUAGCCAGAUGCUCCUCAAAAUCAACUCAACAGUCUUGACAUAUGGAAAGAGUUGCCAGGUAAUAUUUUUUGAAUUUGAG